UCUCUCUCUCUCUCUCUCUCUCUCUCUCUCUCUCUCAAGAUGGGAAGCUCCAUGCGUUUGUUUGCAACUUUCUUCCUUGUAGCAAUGCUGGUUUUGGCCACUGUGAUGGGACCAAUGAGCAGGGCAGAGGCUAGGACAUGCGAGUCACAGAGCCACCGUUUCAAGGGGACAUGUCUUAGCGAUACCAAUUGCGCCUCCGUCUGCAAGACCGAAGGCUUCAUUGGCGGCGACUGCCAUGGCCUUCGCCGCCGCUGUUUCUGCACUAAAAACUGUUAAGAAAAUGAAGAAGAAAUUUUCUAUAUAUUGAAACAUAUCUAGAGAAAUGAUCUUUUCGUUGUCUCUGUAAUUGUUUCCUUGUUAAACUAUUCAUGAUAAAUAAUGUUGCUUAUCAAUAAAAAGACUAGCUAGCCUCACAGUAUAUAAGUGGUGCUUUAGUCCUGGCCUACUUCAUCUAU